GAGAGAGAAGCCCCUCCCCGCAGAUCAUCAUCGCACCAGUCGAUGGUCCUUUUAACUGUAUUGUUGGGGGAAGAAGCGACGCCCCGCUCUGAGGAUCAAACGGCCUCCCCUCCCCUGUGAUCGGCACGACCCCCAGUUCUGUUUUCAUGGAAAUCAGACCCAGCCUCCGGACCGCACUUUCUGCAGACAUGCGAAGUUGAAGGCGCAUUCCCAGCCGGGACAACUGAACUCGCGAUGUUGGCGUGUCGGAGAAGCUGAUUCUUUCAUCCUGUUCCCCUCCUCCUUUGCCCCCAGUAAUCUAUUUUCCUCCUGAUUUCGUCUUGUUCGCUCCCGUUACUUUUUGACUUCACUCCAACAUGCUGCACCUGACGAGCCGCUUUGUUUUCUGCGCGCUCCUCGCCUCCGUUUACGCGUCGUGCCCUCCGCGCUGCGAGUGCUCGGAAGCGGCGCAAACCGUCAAGUGCGUCUCCAAAGACCUGAGGAGUAUCCCGACCGGGAUCCCGGGAUACACAAGGAAUCUGUUUAUAACUGGGAAUCAGAUCAGCCGAAUCGGUCCGGGGUCUUUCAGAGGUCUGGAUAACGUGACCAACCUCUCCCUGAGCAACAACAGAAUUUUAGAGAUGGAAUUCCACACCUUCUCCGGACUUCUCCGCCUUCGCUCUCUGGAUCUGAGCAACAACCAGCUGACCGUCAUUCACCCCGAAGCCUUCAGCAACAUCAGCCAGUCGCUGCGAGAGCUCAACCUCAGCCGAGCCCUCUACAACUACUCGUUCGUGAUGGACCUGGCCGCCUCCCUCCAGAGGAUCUCCAUGGCGAACCUACAGGUCCUGGACUUGUCUGACAACAGCCUCAUCUACCUGCCCUCGCACACCUUCUCCCGCAUGUACGGCCUGCGCCGGCUCCAGCUCUCCAACAACUCUCUGGUGGCCAUCCGCAGCCUCGCCCUCUCAGGUCUGGAGAGCCUGGAGGAGCUUGACCUCACACUCAAUGCCCUCAAGACCUUCACCGACGAAGGCUUGCAAGAGUUGGACUCCCUUCCCCGAGCGUCUCUGCUUCUGGGGAAGAACCCGUUCACAUGCACCUGCGGCAUUGAACCCUUUGCGCAAUGGCUCAACAGAUCCCAGGAUCGCGUCAGGGAUGCUGAGGGCCUCCUGUGCGCCUUCCCUCCCAGCAUGAGGAACACAUCCAUUCUCACAGUGGGUAUGCUGACUCUGGAAUGCCAGCAGAGAGACGUGGGGGCAGAUCUCGCUUUGCAGACCUCUUAUGUCUUCUUGGGAAUCGUUCUGGGCUUCAUAGGCCUCAUUUUCCUCUUUGUACUUUACCUCAACCGCAAGGGAAUCAAGAAGCGUGUAUAUGACAUGCGGGACGCCUGCAGGGAGGUCUGGGAGGGCUACCACUACCGCUUCGAGAUAGACUCCGACCCCAGGUUAUCACAAGUCUCCACAAGCGCUGACGCAUGAGAGGACGAUCGCUGCGCUGCAUCCGCAAGAAACUCUUUCUCCUAAUUCGUUUAUCAGUUGCAGAAUGUAAAAAAAAAAAAAAAAAAAUUAUGUACAGACGUGCCUGUAAAUAUAUCUUAAACAACAACACCUUGAUUGAAGCAUGCACUCAGUCAAAUGGAGAUGUUUGACACUUUCAAGAAGCAAAAGUAAGUGCCUGAAGUGAGCUCAGUAUUGUUUUUUUAAAUUUGUGAAUCAAACAGAUCUCAUGGAAAAGGAAGGGAAGUGGGAGGCGGGAGUAACAGAACUGCAAUAAAAUUCAGACACUAUGAAAACAAACCUUUGGGAAUUUAAAGCACAAUCACUCAUUCAUCUUUGAUCCCUUUGAAGCCCUUUGGUCCCUCCGGCCUCUUACCCCAGGGUGCCAGAGAGGAAUUAAGCCACCCAAAGCUUUUUCUCCCCCCACCCCCCAAAGCUCCUCUUAAAAUCACCACUUUGCCCCUCUUUGGCUGUUGGAUUAGAAGUGGAGAAGACAAUUCAGCACAGGCCAGCGGAAAUCUCCCUGCCCCUUCCCUCCCUCCCUCUUUCUCUUUUUCGUGAAACUUUGCUUUGUUUCAACUCCUUGAGUUUUAUUGUCAAAAUGAUGAGAACCAGCCCCGAGCUGAAGCCGCUGAAAGUAACCCCCCCCACUCCUCUUUCUUCCCCUCCUCCUUAAAGACAACAGCCCUCGCUCUGGAGGCGCUUUGAAGGAAAAAAAGAAGAAGAAGAAAAAAAGGUCUGGCUCUCCACGUUUUUCUGUUUAAGGGGCUUUUCCUCCCUGCAAUGAUAAGAUACAGAUGAUUCUGAAACACCAGCCACAUUGUUUCAUUCACGAGGUCUUUUCAAGCGGCUUGGUGAAGACGGAGGUAUAUGUGCUUUAAAGGGUUAGUUUAGAUUUCCUAAAAAGCGAGGUUCUAUGAAGUUGUUGUCAGUGACAACGUUCUUACCUAUCAUAGCAAAGAUGUCAUAUUGCAGCCAGUUUGGAGAGAAGAAACAAAAUCGCCAGAGCGGCGGAACGCUAACAGCUGGUCAAAUGGAUCAACAAAGUCAGGGCUUCACAAGCUUCAAUGUGGAACCAUAGAGUAUUACGGGGGGUUUUCUUCUUUUUGAAGCUGUGUUACAAGCAGAGAGCAUCUUAACAACAGUAAGCAGCACUCAGAAGGCUUUUCUGUCUGGACAAUCAAGAAAAAAUGAUCAUAAUAUGGUAACGCUAACAGGUAAAAAAAAAAAAAAAUCCCAUAUUGUAUUACUUGAAUGCUAUUUAUUCAAGUAAUGGAUUAUAUCAUUUGUGUAUGAUGUCACAUUCAAGUUGGAGCUCUGGAAAACCUGUUUAUCACUUCUCUUCAGAAAAAAACAUGUAGAUAAAAUUAAAAUAUUACUUUAAACCUGCAGUAUGCACAUUUAAAAAUAUAUAUGUUUUUUAUAUAUAUGCUAAAACUGUAACCAUGUUGUGUUUGUGUAAUAAUAUGAGAGAUAAUCUGAGAAAAGAUCGAUGUGACCUCUAUUGCAAUAUGAAGAAAUUUACUUUUCUCAGUCAAAAAGAACCAAUCAGAACCAGCCUUAGCGCCGUCAAUCAUCCUCACGUACUUGCUGCUCAAUGUGCUAAUGGCGGAGAAACAACUUACCGCAACAUGAAGUGGCCAUGCUAACUAGCCUUAGCAUUCUCUACAGGUUCUGUUAACAGGAAGAAGCUGCAUGGUAGCAGAGAGAAAGGAAGGGAGGGAAUCAGAGAAUGAGCAGCGCCACACUAAGGGUGAUUGACAGCGCUAAGUCCCGCCUCCUGGCUCUGAUUGAUUGUUUCUAGUUAGCAGUUGGAGAAGGCGGAGAAGCUUGAUUUUUCACAGAUUGUCUGUCUCAUAGCAUACUGUCACAACAUGGUGACAGUUUUAACAAAUAUCUCACAAAAUGAACAAUAUCCUACCACAUACUGCAUCUAAGGAGUCUUUUUACUGCGAUAAUAAUUACUUGUAUUUACGUCACUGGCUGCUUCAACUGUGACAACAUCGCUGGAUCUUUAUUAUGGGCUAACACAGCUUUGUGUUCUACAGAUUCCUGGCUAGCUGUUAGCCCAUAUUAGUCUCCUGUGACUUUUAUUCCCUUUUCUACUUGCUGCAAUAUGACAUUUUUUCUGCUACAUGUAACUACAGGAACUACCAGUAAAAAGCACAUUUUAAAAAUCAGAACCCAAGGAAUUUUCUCUGCUACCAUUGCCUUUUACCACUGGAGCAAUGUUAACUGUGUAUAUCCUAUUUGUACUUGGUGAUCAGAUUUUUCCAGUUUCCAGUGGGAAAUCUAUGGAGAACCCAACCUAAAGUCGGAAUUCCAACGAAAAAAGUCCAGGUUUAGUACUAAGGAUGGUUGCUGAGUAAGAAAAAAACAGUCCUAAAUGUGGCAGAUAUGAACUUUUUAUGAAAACCUCUGGUGUUAGGAACUUCAUUAAACCAGUGGGGCUCAUAGCUUUGUACAUUAUUUAUUUGUAAACAUGCUAUUUUAAGAGCUUGAAUGGACAUUAUUGUGUUAUCUUGUGUUUGUUAAAGUGCCAUGACAUUGUGUCCUGUAUUGCCAUGUAUGUUAGCACAUUAAAAAACAUUGUUAGGCAGAUUUAAGCAUCAGAACAUGAAGUGGAUUUUGUGAAAAUUCAAAGGAUGUCAUAUGUUUGAAGUAUGGCUGCACCCCUGGCCAUGAAUAGUGGAUGAGAACUGGGAUGAAGGGUGUGGAUUUUACAGUGGUCAAUUGUGGUCAGAUAAUUGGUCAUGCUUUCAGUUUCAUUUUCACUUGCAGUCAUCCCAAAAA